CUCAGUUCUUGGAGGUUGUUCCAGCACUGCACUAGUCCAUAAGCCGUUACGCACAUUUUGCAAAAUGGCCGCUCUGCGCUGCUCUGUUGCCACUCGCGCGGCCGUCCCGGCUCGCCGCAGCUCCGUCGUGGUGCGCGCCAGCACUGAGCAGACCACCAAGCGCGCUAUGCUGGGCCUGCUGGCUGGUGCCGUCGCUGGUGCCCUGCUGGUGGCUCCCGCUGAGGCCAUCCGCAUCCCCUCGCACGAGUUCACCGGCGGUAUGGUGAAGGGCGGCGGCUCUUCCCCCAAGUCGCCCACCGCUGCCUCGAUGGAGAGCUACACCCUGGAGGGCACCAAGAAGCAGGGUGUCUCCCUGAAGACCAAGAAGAAGCUGCUGGCCAAGGUGCGCGAGAACGCCCAGAAGUCUGCCUCCUCGUAAGCAGCAACAGCUGAGCGCUGCCAUGCUGUGUGGCGGGCAUGGGCACGAGUUCCACGUUUGCUGCGCGCACAAAGCUCGCAGAUGCGCAUGAUCCGGCGACGGCUGCGUCGUGGCUGGUGCCUAGUCGGAGCCAGCAGCAAAGCGGAGUAUGCAGGGACGGCAGUCCGCCGAGGUUAUUGGUGGAUGCUUGAAUUGGAUGGAUUUAGGCGGUUCGGUUUUUUGGGGCUGCCUCAUGCGACCAACGGUCUUUGUGUAGGCCAGCGUGAAUGCAUGCGAAGGUGAGCGCACUGCUUAGGGCGCGCGCCUGCCUGUAUCGAUGACUGGUGGUGGUGCCGGCAUCCAAUGAGGGUUUGCAUGUGCGCGUUGGUCCGCUGUUGAGUGGUGCGAGGGCAGCAGCCUCCGCCCCUCACUACGUCCCAACCACCAUAGAAGAGAAGAUGAUACUCAUUUAGGACCAAUGCGGGAUGUGGACAGCGAUAUACGGCUUCACUCCUCUCUGGACACCAGUUUUGUGUGAUGUGUUUUUUGGUGCUGCAUGGACCAUUCGGGUUGCGGAAUGGAAAUGAGCGCGGUGUGAAGUGUCAGCUGACACGCGGCAUACACGCUGUACACUGUAAAGCUGUAUGAUU